GCUCCGAUCAACAGGAGGGGGAAAAGGGAGGGGGGGUGGGGGGGGGCACAGAGCAGGCGGGGUUUUCGAUGGAGCUGAGAGAAAGACGAUUGAUAGAGAGCAGUUGAACACUCAAUCUGUGGAAAUAUGAUGGAAGCCAGCGUUGUUUCCAAGGACACAGGCCACACAAGCUCUCUGACAGGAGCACUUGACACUCCAUCCAUCCUCUCUUCUACCGCCAUCCCUCCAACUUCUCCCCUCUCUCCAUCUUCCCUGCCCUCCUCCAACCCUCCGGCCCGGCCAUGUCGACCCAAACCACCACCUCCCACGGCAAAGUCCUCCCAGCUCCCCUCUUGUCCUCCUCUACCUCUGUCCAGUCCUCCAUUCCUCCCUCCUCCUCCAUCUGUUCCUGUCCCUCUCUCCUCCAACCCUCCUCUCCCAUCUCUUCCUCCUCUCUCCCCUACUCCAGUCUCUCCUUCUCCCCUGCUUUCUCUUCACCCAACUCUCUCCUCUGAUCUUACUCCCUCUUUUACUCCUCCUCCUCUUCCUCCUCCAUUAUCUCCAACAAUCUCGUCCGCCUACUCCUCCUCACCACCUCCUCCUCCACCUCCCUCUGUCAUCCCACCAUCCUCUCCAACUCCUCCAUUGCUGAGUCCUAUAGAUCGGCUGGUUGGGAGCAACUCGGUAUGGCAGCCAAAAGGACUUAGCCAAGACCAAACCACAAGUUUAAUGGAGAAAGAGACGGCUGGGGCGUUCCUGGUUCACAGCACAGAGGACAAGGGCAUGACACUGUCAGUAUGCCUGCCUGAUGAACAGGGGGUGCCGCUCGUACACAACCUGAUGGUCAAACAACACAAGACAUUUGUCCACUUAGAUGGUUCCUAUCUAGUUUUUGAUGACAUCUUCAAACUGAUCACCUUCUACUGUGCCAGCAGGGACAUCCUGGCCAUCCCACUGAGGUUACCCCAGGCCAUUAGCACUGCAACUAAGAGAGAGGAGCUGGAGGUCAUCUCUGCUAUGGGUGCAGAUUUCUGGACGUCUGAUCUGAACCAGCAGGCAAAGAACCAAGACCUGGUUUUGGAUCAGAACCACAACAGACAGUACUUGUAUGUCAACCCAGUUACAGUGGAGGAGAGCCUCAACAAAGACCUGAACCACACUUCUAUCUCUAAGUUUGAUAUCAUUACCAACCAAAACAACACCUCCUCCCUGCAGAAUGGAGAAGCCCCACGGAAGGUCAUCCCAGAAGUCAAAAGUCAGACUAAAACCACACCCAACCAGGAGAUUAAAUAUAAGCGCCCUCCACCCCGACCCCCCAGCCUGGGCUCAGGGUCUGGGAUGGGCCUCCUCUUCUCCUCUCCCUCGUUGCUUCACACUUCAUCUUCUGUAACUCCAGCAGCUGAGAGAAAAGAGGAAGGGAGGGGAGGAGUAGGGGAGAGAGAAGAGAGGAAGUCAAUGUCAACAUUACCUCCUCCGUCAAGGCCUCCUGUCCCCCUGCUGAGCCGAGCCACUCCCCCUCUGCCUCCUGCUCCUCUCUGUCGCACUCCCUCCAGGAAAAGCUCUGACCGAGAGAUAGAAGUGGGGAGGGAGAGAGACAAGGGACAAAAUCCUGCAAAGAAAACUGAGAGAGGGGGGGGAGGAGAGAGAGAAGAGGAGAAAGCAGGAAGUAAAUCAGGUCUGCUGGGUGAGGGGGUUCAACAAGAGAACAGUAGCCAACAUCAAGAGGAGGAGGUAAAAAAGGACGGAGAAAAGAGAGAGAAAGAGGAUGAGAUGGAGGAAAAAGAGAUGAAAAUGGAUAAAAAGGAGGACAAACAAAAAUCCAGCUCCCAGUGUCCGCCAUCAGUAAAGAAACCGUCCCGUCCAGUCCCUCCGCCAAGGAGGAAGCCAUGUUCCCCGGGCACACCUGUGUGCCCCAACCAGGCUGGAGGAGGAUUAGCCAAUCAGAGUGCUGGGAUAAGAGUGCCCCCUCCCUCCCUGGCUCAGCGGCUGGAUGUGUCGCUGUACUCACCACAGGGGGGCACUGUUUUAGGAGCCGACCCUGACUCCUGCUCUACCAGCAGCACAGAGGAAGAAGAAGAGUUGAACCAGGAACACGAGCAAAACCCCAAUCGCCCUGCAGAGAGCCGCAGCCCCAAGGCAGCAGUAAGAAGAACCCCCACCACCAUUAUGUUGGACCGAGCCCGCUAUCGCCUGUCGACCGUCCUAACCGGCCUCAUCAGCCAUGACCGCCGCCUCACACAGCGCAUCGUAGAGCUGGCCAGGGACCCUCUGAGCUACUUUGGUAACCUGGUAAAAGAGCAUCGUGCGUUCACUUUGGAGACCAUGUCGAACCACUCCUCCUCCACUGAGCUGUUACAGGAGAUCAGACAGAUGGUGACUCAACUGAAGAGUUACCUUCUGCAAAGUACAGAGCUGCAAGCCAUGCUGGAGCCACAACAUCAGUAUGCACAAGACAAACUGGAGAGUAUAGUAGAAGCUGCACUGUGUAAGAGUGUACUGAAGCCACUGAGGGAGCCAAUUUACCAGAGUCUGGAGAAACUGCACACCAGCAACAGCAGCCUGAAACAACUGGCACAGAAUCAGUCUGUUGUCCUAGGCAGUACGACCACAUCAUUAGGAAUAACCACUGCCGUCCCUGAGGCCUCUGCUAUGGAGAAGAUCAACAUCAAACUGAACAACCUCCAUCUGGAGUAUUCUCCCCAGAAAAAGAUUGAACUGCUGCUGAAGGCUUGCAAGAUCAUCUAUGACUCCAUGUCUGUCAGCAGUCCAGGGCGGCCCCAUGGUGCUGAUGACUUCCUGCCUGUAAUGAUGUACGUCCUGGCUAGAUCCAAUCUGUCCGCCCUGCAAAUGGAUGUUGAAUAUAUGAUGGAGUUGAUGGACCCAUCAUUAGCACUAGGAGAAGGUUCCUAUUAUCUGACCACCACCUAUGGGGCUCUGGAGCACAUUAAGACUUUUAACCAGCAGAGGUCAGCAACACGGCAGCUCAGCAGAGAGGUUCAGGACUCCAUCCACCGCUGGGAGAGACGACGCACGCUCAACCAGGAGCGCAUGGCCCAAGGAUCUGUUCGGGACUUUCUGACAGUGUGUUGUCCUGAGAUUGGAACCAACCCAAAAACUCUGGGUGUCCUCCCCACCACGACAAUCCAGCAGCUAGCUGAGCAGUGUGCUGCACGCUUUGAACAAGACUCCUAUGUGCUUAGUGUGUAUAUGGAUGGUAUUCCCAAGCCCCUGGCCCCUACAGAGCUGGCCAUCAGUGUUAAGAACAGCUGCCAACCUGGAGCCUACAGCUUUGUCUAUCACCCUAUUGAUCAACCCAACAAACAGCCGGGCCGCAGCUGCCCCGCUGACCCGCCCCCAGCUCCACCUGCAGAGAGCUUUUUCCCAGCUGACAUAGCAGCUGCCAAUACUGCAAAGCCAGAGGCCGAAGAGGAGAGUCUGAUUAGCUUGUAACUGCUCCAGCAUCACAGUGGCAGCUGCUGUAUCGCUAUGGUAACUACGUCACUGUGGUGACACCGUUACUGUGGUGACUGCAUCAACAAAGUACUGAUUCAAAAGAGGGGACCAAAAUUUAGGACAGUGUUUUAAUCUCAGGUCUCACUUGAAAUAUUAAUCUAAUUGAGACUUAAAUGAAAAAAAAAAAAAUAGAUAACUGGUGUGGAUUAGUGCAUGCAUGAUAUCACAAAAUAUUAUGUUAUAAGACAUGUAGUAUUACUCCCUUCUUUUGAAAUAUUUUUUUAAUGAGCUUAAGUCUCUGACUGGUGUGAUACUACACGUAUCACUAAAGAGAGCAGUGACCAACUACAGUGAGACAACAAAGCGUUAGACUGAUUCUGUAUCUCAACAGGGGGUCUGGAACCCAGGAAGGUUUUAUAGAAUGUAAAAAUACAUGUAAUUCUAACAUGCACAUAUAUGAUCAUGUUUAUACUGUUUGUACUCUAUGAUACUUGGUGCUACUCCACCUGAUGCUCAAGACUUCUGCUUCAAACAGGUGUAGACUGUAAAUGACUGAUUACUUGGUUCAGGAUUAUAUUAACAGGAUGAAUCUGUAAUUUCUAUAUAAAAGGUCACAGCAUUUAGAUCACUAUUACUUUGUGAAAAAUAGCUGCUAAAACACUUGUUUUGUGUGCGGCCAUUUUUAUUUAAAGCACAGGUAUAGUAGCGGCUAUAUGGACCAAAACUUUCAUUUUCAUUCCAAAAUCUACAGUAAGCAUCAAGAAUAUUCAUUCCACAUUUGUCUUCUAUAUACUGAUAUUGAUUGUAUUGUAAAUAAACUGGCUUUUACAAUUUGCCAAA